AUGGGUGCAGGCCUGGCUCCAGAGUUCCACCGCCACAGGGUGGUCCGCCCACGCAUGUUCCACGCCCGUGAGAAGAGGGAGAUCUCCAGCUCACGCCAUCCGGAAGGGGGCCACAUCCAUGAUCUCACCGUUGGAUUUGUUGUAGAUGGAAAAAAUUUUAUAUUGGAUCUUCGCCUAAACAGAGAACUAAUUCCUGAUACAUACUUCGAACGUUACCAGCACAAUGGCAAGCAUGUAAUCAACAGACCAACAUCUAAGGAAACAGAAUUGUGCCAGUACCAAGGAAAGUUGCGUGGAUACAGCAAUUCAUGGGCUGCCAUAUCAACUUGUAAUGGUUUAAGAGGUGUCAUAUUUGAUGGGGAACAGAUGCACUACUUAGAAAGAGGCCCAGCAGAUACCGAGAUAGAAGAUGCUGGCGGAGGAGGGGAUGGAGGUGGCGGAAGUGAAGAACUAGAAUCUCACAUUUUGUACAGCCAUUCAGAUCUUAUUACAAACCAUACAUGUGGUUACCAUGACACUCCUCAUGAUGUUAUAAUAAGUGAAGAAUUUAACAGAAUUCUCAGGUAUAAAAGGGAGGCUGAGAUGGUACGAGGACCAUACAAUGCAGACAAAAAGUCUCGUUUUGUAGAACUGGUUCUAGUUGUGGACAAUAAGGAAUAUAAAGCACAUGGAGAAAGCCGACAUAAUGUGUAUGAACAUUGUAAGAAUAUUGCGAACAUUAUCAAUGCAUUGUAUGUCCCACUUAAUAUUUUCAUUGCAUUGGUUGGUGUAGUCGUGUGGACAGAAAAUGAUGAAAUCCAACUUUUGUCUAAUGGAGAUUCUACACUGACCAAUUUCCUUACAUACCGUCGUCAGAGACUUGUCAAAGAACACCCAAAUGAUAAUGCACAGCUUCUUACGAGAGUGCAGUUUGAGGGUGGUGUUGUGGGGAAGGCCCUCAAGGGACCAAUCUGCACAUAUGAAUUUUCUGGUGGUGUCAGUAUGGAUCAUAGUAGUGUGGUCGGACUAGUAGCAACAACAGUGGCACAUGAAAUGGGUCACAACUUUGGAAUGGAGCACGACACAGCAGAGUGCAAGUGUCCAAGUGAGCGCUGUAUAAUGGCUCCAUCUUCCAGCUCAAUGAGUCCAACUCACUGGAGCUCAUGUAGUUUGGAGUACCUAGCUCUAGCAUUUGAGCAUGGUAUGGAUUACUGCUUAAGAAACAAACCUAAAAGUCUAUUUGAUGGCCCAGUAUGUGGCAAUGGAUUUGUGGAAGCCGGAGAGCAGUGUGACUGUGGAUUACCUGAACACUGUGACAAUCCAUGUUGUAAUGCCACAACUUGUAUGCUUUUCUCUAAUGCUUCUUGUGCUACAGGGGAAUGUUGUGAUCUGAAGACAUGUCAUCCAAUGAAGGCAGGGACAAUGUGCCGUUCUGCUGACCAUGAAUGUGAUCUUCCAGAAUACUGCACAGGCCAGUCAGAGUAUUGUCCUGAUGACGUGUACAAGAUGGAUGGGGAAGUGUGUGAUGGGGGAAAAGCAUUUUGCUAUCAAGGUUCUUGCCGUACGCAUUCUGACCAAUGUCGUCUGCUGUGGGGCCCCUCAGGGAAGAGCUCUGACAUGCAAUGUUAUGAAAUGAAUGAACAAGGCAAUCAAAAUGGCAACUGUGGAUUUGAUCGCUUGAACCGCUCGUUUCACAAAUGCACAAAAGAAGACAUAUACUGUGGAAUGCUACACUGCAAGCAUCUGAAUGAGAAGCUUGAAUUUGGAAUGGAAUCAGUGGCCAGGCUGGCACAUUCCUUUAUAAAUGCUGGUGGAAGCCUUAUCCCAUGCAGAACUGCCCUUGUUGACCUUGGUCUCAAUGAAGUUGAUCCAGGCCUUGUACCAAAUGGAGCAAAGUGUGGUGAAGGAAAGAUGUGUGUGAGCCAGCGUUGUAUGCCAGUGGGCUCACUGCGAGCUGCAGCUGUGUGCCCCCAGAACUGUAAUGGUAAUGGUGUCUGUAACAGUCGAGGUCAUUGCCACUGCGCUACAGGAUUUGCUCCUCCAUUGUGUGACUAUCCUGGGACUGGUGGCAGUGAAGAUAGUGGACCUGCUUCAGAUCCAAAUGGAAGAAAAGAUGUAAUCACAGCAAUGUACGUGAUAUUCUUAGGAAUUGUUCCUUUAGUUGCCAUAAUUGCUGUUUUCAUUCAUUACACACGGCGAAAUGUGAAGUACUGGUGGAAGAAGAACAGCAGCAUCCCAUCUUCGACCAUUACAAUGAAUGGAAGAGGCCCUCCAUCGAUGAAACCUUUGGAGAAGAAAAACGGUCAACUACGGAGAAUAAGCCGUGGAAAUUCCUUGGCGUAUCACCCUGAUAAAAGCAAUGGAUUGGAAAUUUCUGCUCCGCUUCCUGCUGACCACCGAAGUGCUUCUGAUAGUGCUCGUGCUUCUCUGCUUCCAGCACAUGACAGCAGUUCUGGAUCACUUACUGGUUCAGCAGCAUCGACAAAUACAAACAGUUCAGGGAAUCUUCAGAAUAAUUUACUUGGACACUUUAAAGGCUUCACAAUUACACCAUUACCCUCUUCGUCAGAAGGAUCUUCGCAGAUUCAUUCACCACCUGUGAGGACACUGGCCUCUCCAGUUUCUCCUCCAGUAGUCCCCUCUGUCGCCAUACUCCCUCCAAAGCCAACUAAUUUUCCUGCAAGGUCAAGUAAUACAUGUACCACAGCCGCACAGAAUAACUUUAUUCCUGCAUCAGCACCUCUGUCCACAUCAGUAACGAGUGCACCUGUGUCUAGACCAGUUAUUAGCAACCCAAUUCUUGAUGCAACUACUUGCACUGCUAAGGAGCUUGUUGCUGCUCGAGCAGCACCGUCAGUACCUACAAGGCCAGCACCUCAAGUUCCUCCUGCAAAUAUAACUUCAGACACCAAUACCAGUUCAAAUAAACCUGCCAGGCCUGUGUCUAUACCUAACACAUCUGCUGUUAAUAUGUCUGCUUUCUCUUCGUCAUUAGAAGACAGAAAAUCUAAAGAAAAUGGUUCAAGCUAUCCCACACUUACUCGUAUUGCAUCUUUUAUGAUGCGUCAAAAUCCAGUAAAUAGAUCACAGUCUAGUGCUCAUGGAACAGGCCAUAAUAAUGAAAAGAAACUGAAAAAUAAACUAGGGGAUGGCACAAACUCACUUCCUAGAACACACCAUCAUGCUGUUAAAGCCGCUAAACUUCAAAUUGAUCGUGAUACACUUAGAAACUUGCAGAUUUCUGAGCCAAUACCACUGCAAGAAAUAGAAGUUCCACAGAAUGCAUUGCCAGUAAGAGCUGCUGCAUCAGUAUCAAAUGAAGAGCCCAAUAAGAAUGUUGUCAUGCGAGCUCAGAGCAUGAGGAGCACAGGAUCGGUUGUGCAGAGACCGGCUAUUCCUACAUUUGGAUCAAUGAGACAGUCUUCUGCCACAAAGAGACCUACAAGCAUUCCAGCCGGAAGUCGUCCUACAUCACCUCCACCUCGGCCACCUCCACCUCCGACAACCAAAGCUGAUGAAUUACAUACAGGAAUCAUAGGACUACCAGGCUAUCAGAACCCACCUGCAGUAAACAAUGGUGAAUAUGCUUAUGAUGACUGCUUAAAUCUCAUACAAGAAGGUUCUGCCCCAUUAGCUAACAUUGAUGAAGAAACAAGCCCCGUGAGUGCUGACAACAUAUAUGCUGUGAUUGAAGAAAGUCCUCCUGAAAAAAGUAGGAAGAAUACUGAAAGAGGCUUUUCAACAACUGCAAAGACAACAAAUGGAAAUACAAAAACAGCUGAGAAAUCUGAGUAUGCUGCACCCUCAUUUAGUGAAUAUCAUUCACCAAAACCACUGGAAAACAGUGUUUCUGCUGGGAGUGCUGAAUCAGUUGGCCUACUUUCAGAGAUAGUAAAUGAAAUUCAGGCAAGGAAUAUGGAAUCUAUAUAUAGUAGUUCUACUGUUGCCAGGGGAAAGAAAGAAGGUGACACACUCAAAACGGAAGACGAUGAUGCUGCUUCUACAGUAACAGGCACAGACUCUUCAGUGGCUGGUUCGGGAUCACCACAACCUUUUCCUGAAAAAUUAAGUGCAGUAGCUUCUUCUAACAGUUCUUUGGGCACUUACGUAAAUGCACCAUAUGCCAGCAGCAUAUACAGAUCUUCUGCCAGCACAUAUAGUAACACUUCACAGAGUGGAGUGGGUCCUCCAAGCACAAAGGCUUCAAACAGUUCAUCCAGUUCCAGUAGUGGCUACCUGAGUCCAUUAGCUGUCAAUUCUGGAUCAAUGGGCACUACAAAACCAAACACUUUAAGCAGUAAGCCUGGCGAUUUUAGCACUUUUAAGACUACUCCUAGUCACUCAGCAGCAUCCACAACAGAAAGUUUUUCUAAAAGUUUCGAUGUGUCAUCGUACAAACCGUUUAGCUCUUCUCUCCAGCGUUCUUCUGGCCCGUUGGCUGCAGCUUUCUGUUCAACACCACAAAAUGCAGGAAGUGCUGAACUUGAUACAAAAGCCAACAUCAAUUCAGAAAAUAAAGGUGUAGCCUCAGCAUUAAAAUCUGAAAGUGUUUCAUCACCUUCAACAGUAACAGAUGCAAAAAAAUCAUCAGAAUCUGUAACAAAAGCACAAAUAGGCAUAAAGAAUGAAAAAAUAGCACCAAAGCCUGCAACAGGUGCAGCUGCCCUGACCAGAGUGUCAGGUCCAGUAGCUGCUUCUGCAAAUGGAACUCAGAAACCCACUUCUGCAAUUAUAACAAAAGGAAAUGUAGUAACUUCUCCUACUAGCUCUACUUCAAGUAAAAAUAAAACGUCUGUUAGCAGUGUUAAAACUGGUAAUGUAAAUAAUAGUCCUGAUGUAGUUUCUAGUUGUUCUGUUGUUGAGAAUGGAUCUGCAGAGAAAUCUCCUGAUGUUGUAAGUGGAAAAGGUAGUAGGUCAGGUGCUAGGUCUCCUGAUGUGGUGCCAACAAAUGUCGAUAAAUCACAAACACAAAUAAGUCAAAGGACUGCUGGACGCUCAGCAACAAAUAAUAACAAAAGUGCACCAUCUGUCAGUGCUUCUAAAGCUUCUAGUGCAACAGGGCUAGCAAAACAACCACAAAUGACAUUAGGGAAGACAAGUGUUUCAGGAAAACAACCCCAGACAGCUCCAAAGCCAACAGUACCAAGAUCUGUUAGCAGUGCAGCAGAUAAACGGAAUGUGUCAAACAGUGGCAAGGAAAGUGGUAUCAGGACAGCAGGGAAGGGGCCUACUGUUGCAAGGUCAGCAUCGGAAUCUUCUGGUAAUCGAACAGUGCCCACUGGUGCUCGCCAGGCUGCCAGCAAGCUUUCCCAUGUUGCAUCUUUGCAACAAAAAUUUGAAACUGUAUCAGAAAAGAACACUGGGUCUGUAACGAGCUCAAGAGUACCCUCAAAUGCUUCAAAUAAAGUUAAACCAUCCUCACCCAGUGCAAGUUCAAAAGCCAUUUCUGAUUCAGGAAGAACUGUUUCCUUUAAAAAGUGAAGGAUAUGUGUUUUUGUUCUAGAGUUAACACUCUGAUUCUUGUUACAAUGAAGCAUGAGGCUUCAUAAGCAAGGUGUACUGCUGAAUGCCUAAUUCAGUGAGAAUAUGACUUGCAUGGCCAUCAAAUGAGAUAAGUGUCUUAUGUAACUUUUAUAUCUUUUGUGGCAUUUCUCACAGAACAUUUUGUUUCCAUUUUUGAAGUUCUGUAAUGGUGCUUGUUGUAAUGAAGAACUAGAACUCAUAGCAUCGAUGUGCACAGAAUAGUCGAGAAAUUGAAGUUAGACUAACAAUGCUGAGAGACAAAGUAAUGAGCAUUGUAGGACAUGUGCCACUGAUUUUGCUGCUGUGUUGUAUUUAAGAAAAUGGCUCUGUACCGUGUACUGUGGUGAACUGAUUAAUGUAUUUUUUAGCCUAGGACUGAAAAACUUUAAUCUGGAGAAACAAAAUCAAAGCAUUCCUGUUACAUUCAUUACCAUAUUAUGGUAUCCAAAAUAUGUUUCUUAUUUUGAUGAACAAUUUAAGAAACAAUGUUAAUUUUCCAGAUCACUUUUAUGUGUUACAAGAAUUAUUGGAACUAUGAAAACAUAGUGGUGCAAUGUGUCAGACGAUUUUAAAGUUUUGUUAAUGCAUAACAUAUACUUUUUAUAGCAGAGUUUUCAACUUGUUGAUUGUUACCAAGAUACUGGUAACAGGUUUGUUUAAAUGUUUACAUGACAACUGUGAUAAUAUUUUUUUAUUGUGUAAAUUGUUUACUGUUAAUGUAAUUUGUAUAAUGGUGUCUAGAGCAAUGCUUCAGUUCGUAUUUAUCCAGUACAGUCACAUUGAACAUUGGAAGAAACAUAAGAGGAGAACAGUACUGCAGUUCUUUUAAUGAUUAAGAAAGCUUAAAAGAAACCAUUUAUGUAAUUUACCUUUUUGCCUUGCAGUCUUGAAAUGGCAAGUUUCUUUUCAAAAGUUGAAAUCUGGCUAAGUCAUAGAGCUGUUAGUGCAACUCUAAAGUUGGUAGUAUGUAUUGCAGUAGGGAAAUAUGUCCUUGUCCAGUAAAUGUGAUACUUGAGGCAGGGAGAAGUAUAGUUUUACCUUUUUUAUGAAUUACAGGAUAUACAGUAUGAACAAAUCAUUCCACUUUCCUAUCAGAUGGAAACAGCUGUUAUUGUUGUUGUGUUAACCUUUUCUCCCCUUUAUAAAAUAGCUAAUUUCUAUAAUGUAGUGUGUCAGCUUUGCUUGGGAAUUAUUGUUGGUACUAAAACGCUGAUGGAAGGAUCUCCAUUAUUUCAACACUUUAAAAUGUUUUUAUUCCACAUAAAACUUGAACUACAGUUGUAGUUAUUUAAUUGGGGGAAGCAGUUGCUCCUGUAGGCUUACACAUUAUUGGAGGAGAUCUUGCAGUAAAAGCCUAGUUAUGUGCAACUGUACAUUACAUUUGAAAGUUUGAAUAACUGUUGUUUUAGGUAGAUUACUUAUCUGAGGUGCCUAUAAACAGUGUUGCACAACAGCAAGGGACCAUUAAGUGAGGUUUUAUUACAUUUCAUCAGUUUACUUUAAGUAAGAGUAUAAUUGUGGUUCUCUUUACAUGCUUGUAUCUGCAUGUGAAUAGCUACAGAACUUUCUGUGCUCAUCCAACUAUUUUUUACAUCACAUUGUCUGUAAAACAAGUGUAUUUGAGAUACAGUGUGUAUCCAGGAUAGCAUAGACAAUCUCAGAAUUAAAGUGGAUUCAUUGACCAUUAUUGGUAUUACUGCUCUGAGUUUUUUGCAUCAUAUGCUUGACAGAACUUAAGAACAAAACAACAAUUAGUUAGCAGCUACAAGAUCACAUUCAGAAUUAAUUUAAACUAAUUACCUGUGAGAGAAAGAAAGAGGCUGGUACUAUUCUUCUGAUAAUUUCCUGUUGAUUACCAAUGCUAACAUAAAGUGAGUGCCAAUUCGAGCUUCAGUGAAUUCAUCCAUGUCAGACAGCGCCUCAGUUCACAAUUUGUUGAGAAAUUCCUGGCAAUAUUACUUCAGAGUUAUCAAUUUUAAUUACACAGUAUUGCUUGCACAUCUCUUUUUUACAAGUCUAUCACCUUGAAGAACUGUUAUUGUUUGCAGAUAUUUGAAACUCUUCUUAAGAGAGUUCUGUGUAUGACAACUAGACUAAAGUAUAAGACAUGCAGUCACACUUCCACUAAUCAAAUUCCUUCACAUGUUGCAUAUUUAUGGACCACUCAUUGAAUCACUGUACAGUUUUCCUCUUACACUGUUAUUCUAUUCUAUUCCAUAUCACCUACAUUUGCAUCUGGUAUACUUGAUCAACACAGAUGUUGCCAUUUUUAUGUUGCUAAUAGUAAAUUAAAGUUAUGAAGAGAAAGUAAUCACACUUUUUAUUGCAUUUUGAAUUGGACUGUUCAUCUGAAGAAAACUUCUGAACGUCUUGAUUAUUACUGUUCAAGAAUGCAUUGUUUUUCAACCAUACUUGAAAUGUAAUUUUUUUAUCACAUGUAAGUGAAAGAAUAUUUUUGACCAUUUAUUAUUAUCUUUAGAACUACAGCUAUAUAGUGGUUUUAAUUGUGUCACAAUCAUGCAGGAUAUAUAUUUUUAGUGUUUUUGUUUUAACCCAAAGGUUUAGGGGUGGAAAAAAAUUGUUGCUGUGGAGAAAAUAAUCUUUAGGUGGCAUUUGUGUAAUUCACUAUUCAUUUAUUGAUUCUACAGUUGUGAUAGGUUUUUAUCAGUUUAUAUCUAUACUAUUCCUCUUUAAUCGAGAUGACAUAGAACCACAUUAUACAGGGGUAAGAGGGAUGGAGAAGAAAAACAAAGCAAAAAUGAAUGGAGAAGUCUUUAGAAUGAGGCAGCACAUGGGUGAGAAUAUUGGUUGAAGCUAUUAGUGGUGAGGUGUUUUUGGUGAUGACUCAGAUGUGUGGCCUUGGUGCUAAAAUAGGAUACUUUUAUAUUCAUGUCCAAUAUCUAAUUUUCUUCCCUUUUUUGAAAUAUGAACCUAUUUUUUUAAAUCUAUUACUUCCCUUGAAUGUAGGUUUUGUGUCAUGACAGACCAUAAGUUGCAUUUUCAUUAUCAUUUAAAGUAAAAGUGGCUUCAGUUCCUGAGAAAGACUUUUUGCGUUUUUAAUCUGAAUUGAACAAUCACUUUACUCCAUCUUCUUUGUUUCAGAAAACAGUAUUUCAUUUCAUUUAGUUGUGUGGUGCUCUUUAACUGUCAAGCAUAUCAGCUAUUUGAUAUAUAUGAAUGUUGUGUGUGGUGUUAAUUUGGAGAUGUGUACCCACAUAGUAGCUCUUUUGUAUAACGAGUGUUAUAUGAUAGUGUAGUUGUCGGCAAUUGGCUGUAUUUAGAUCUGAUAUAAAAAUUCAGAUUUAGACAUAAUGGAGUGUGGUUAAAUCUUAUAUGCAGUGGCAGAUUUGGUGUACUAAACAUUGGCCAAUUUGUACUGGUGCUAUGGACCUGGAGCAUAGAAUAACUAUUUACCAUCAAUGGAAAUCUACAUUUCUUCCUAUAGCAGUUUUAAGCUACUGCAAAUUGUUCCUUUUUUUAGAAGAAAUAUUUUAAUGAAAUAUUCAAUUAAGAGUUCAGUUUCAUUAAUUUAACUGUGUUUUUGAUAUCUUGCAAAAGACGCUCUUUAUUAUAGACUCAUGGGUAAUGUCACUACUAAGAUUUUGGAAGAAAUUUUGUUAUAUGGAAUUGCCAGGGCAGGGGAGGAGGAUGUUCAUGUGAAGUACAUAAUCUUAUAGGCAUAACAGCUGCAUCAGAUGCUAGUGCUUUGGGAGUUGUAUGUGCUCCAAAACUACUGUAUUCAAAUAAUGUACUGCGACUUCCACUGUUUCCAAUGGAUUUUCGUAAGUUACAAUAUUCAUCAAAUUUGCAAGAGCAAUACAAUAGAAUAACAAUUGACACCAAAAUUGGCUGUUUUGUGGGAGCUGAGACACUAAAUACAACCUUUCCCUUGAUCUUGUAUCUAUUUCUAUGAUGAACAUAUCUGCAAACAAAGAAGAUGCGAUUCUUAAUUCAGUGUCUAUAAAGAAAGUGUAGUCCAAAAAAUAAAAUGAAUCUGAAUAGGUUUCCAAAGCUUUGUAGGGUAAUACUGCAUGUAGAAUAGCUCUCUCUCUCUCUCUCUCUCUCUCUCUCUCUCUCUCUCUCUCUCUCUCUCUCUCUCUCUCUCUCUCCCCCCCCCCCCCCCCGUGUGUGUGUGUGUGUGUGUGUGUGUGUGUGUGUGCGCGUGUGUGUGUGUGUGAGGGAGGGGGGGGGGGGUCACGCACACAUCAUACAUGUUCUGCAAGUGUGUGCCAGAAUUAUUGUGCAAAAUCUGAUAUAGUUCAUGUUACUGAGACAAGGGCAAGAAAAAAAGAACUCACUGUGGUUUGAAUAUUUUUACUUCUGCAAUUAUCUUAAUUUUUCCCUCGAGUCUCAAAAUGCAAUAGAGGUGGCACAGUUAAAUUAGAACUGGAAUAUACUUACUUAUCAACCCCAAAAAUGAAUCUGAAACUUCGAAAACUAUAUUCUGAAUUGUAUCAGUUCUUAUCAGUAAUGGUGGAAGCAAUGCAAUAAGCAGUCUCAAAUGCUGGCAUGCAGGUGUUCUAAUUCCUUUGUAGUUGAACAACUAAGCUGAAAUGCAGCACUCAUCUCCAUACAGUAUGUUUUAUGUGACUUCAAUGAUGUGAAUUACUUUUCAUUUUAUAUUUGUGUAUAGAAUCUAUAUUUUUGCAACAAUAUGCAAGUUUCCCACUUAGAAACACAAUAAUGUGAUGGCUUAGGCUUUAUACGUUUGUCUAAUGCUUGAGCUCAUGUCCUGCUUGCAACCUGUAUGCAUUUGUAUGUAUAAACCUGACUAAUUUAUAUUCUGCUUUAGAAAUACUGUUCUCAUAUCAUUAAAAUAUAGUGUAUUAGGAAGUGCCAUAAUGUUGUUCCAAGUGGCCCUUUUUGUCAUGUGCAUCAGGAUAAUUACCUGGGGUGGCAUUGAUUCUCAUGCUAAUAUUGGCUAUAGAACAGUCAGAACUGAGUCUGUUACAUGUUAGUUUUGUAUGUACUUAUUUGGCAAAAAGGCAGUACAUCCAUUUCUGUGUUGUGCUACACCUUCAUCUCUAUGGAGAACAGCUGUCAUUUCCUGCACUUUAUUGUAGAAAAAAAUAAGAAUCUCAAUUCUAGGGAAAUAAUUUUGCUUUGUUCCUUUCCAUAUUUCUAGUAAAAUGUCAAGACUUCAGUAUUUAUGUAUGUGUGCUCAUGCUUCGAAAUAACUAACAAAUGUUAGGAAGUUGAUCUCUAAGUAGUGGAUAUAUUUAAUGUGACAUCUGAUGAAGAUAUUUUGUUAAUGCUAUAUUGUAGUAACUUCAACUGAUGGUGGUAAUGAUUCGCAUCUGCUAAGGCAGUCAAACAAGUGACGAAUUCUUUGAAUAUCUUUUUUUGGUCAUAUAGCAUACUAAAAAAUGAGAUCUGACAUCAACAACAAUAACACAGUUAUUUUUCAUUUAUAUAAAAUUGCUUGUGACACUUCAGAACAGUGAAUUAAAAACUACUGAUAAUGCUGAUUGAGUUAAAUUUUAAGCUCAUGUCUCUUAUAAAAGUAUUUUAUGACAAGUUUUCCUUCUGAAAGUAUAAUACUUCUCUAUUUCACUUUAAAUUUGAAGGUAUCUACUGGAGAGUCACUAUUAUUACCUGUAAAACUAUGUAGAUUUUGCUGUUAAUUAUUAGCACUGACAAUCCAGAUUUGAUGAUUAUAUUUUCUUACAUGUCCGUGAGAUAUGGAUUUUUCUAGCAUGUCAAUAUUUGAUUCUCAGUGUACUUUGUAAAAAUGCUCUGCCUGUACUAUUAUUAAUGUAUCAGUGAUAGUCAGAUGUUAAUACCAUGUCAGUGUAAAAAAACCUUGUGUAUAUGGUAUAUGUGUGUGCUUCAUAUUAUUUAUUACAAGAUUGAAGUUUGGUGUACUAGAGCAGCAUAAUUCCUGUGGAUAUGGUUGCAGUGAUUUGUGCAUUAUACAUAAACUUGAUUAACUUCAUCAUGUCAUGUGUGUAUAAUUGUCUCUAUGGCAAAUUUUACUACUAUGAAUUCUAAAUUGCUAUGAUUCGCAAAGAAACAGAUGCUGUUGUUCAGCUCUAUGAAGUGUGUAACAAUCACACGAGUGCUGGAGAAGUUGAUGCAAUGACAGUUUACACAUGUUGUAAUAACAAGAUUGCCUUUCAAAAACAUCAUUUAUUUUGAAAGUGGUAUGUCUUAAUUAGAUUAUUUUAGCUGAAAUUUCAACCAGUUGACUUACAAAUGAAUUAUGCUGCCUGAGUAUAUACAGUCAAUGAAAUGUUGUGUAAUGAAAGAUUGUUGUAUGUUACAACUGGUUGUCAUCAGAGUAUGUUAUCAGGAUUGUUGAUUCAAGUUGGGAAUGGAAACAUUAUGGAACAGCUUCAAAGUUCACCAGUCCUUAUGUGACACUAAAGGAUUUAUGUUUUUCUAUAUUGUACACUGUAUGUAUUAAUUUUUUAAAUUAUUUUGUUGUAUAAAUACCAAAGAUUUUUGUAUUAUAAAAUGGUGCACAAAUGAUGUA